CGUGGAGCAUGAGCGGGAUGUAUGCUUUGACGUCGGCUAGUAGGGAAGGCCAAUGAAAGUAGUGGGAGAUGGUGUCGAAUGUUUUCUGGAACCCAAGAUGAUCCGCAGUCUUGGCAUCGUGGUGUUUGACCAAGAGCUGGGUACGGAGACCACGUGCGUCAGGGAUGCAAAGUCGGCGAGUGCCUUUGGUAUCGAUGUUAAGGAGAUUGUCAUGGAGGGAGUAGUCGGGGACAGGAUUGAGGUCACGAAGCUUGUUGUAGAUGGUGGCAAAGUCUGGGCGAGAGAGAUAGCCUUGGGUGUAACGAUGAUGAAGAGACGAGAGGAGUUGGAUAUGUGUCAUUGCGGCAUAAACUUUGUCAGGGGGUUUGUUAUCGGGGAGCCGGGAGAGGGCAUCGACAACAUGGUUGCUUUUGUCGGGUGUAUGGCAGAUGGUGAAAGUGAACUGGCGAGAAAGUCUAACCAACGAGCUUGUCAUGGGGGCAAUGGGGUAUUCGCUCGGUGGAGUGUUAGGGUGGGUAGGGGGCUCCUUGAUGGAGGGAGUUUCGGUGGUGUCACAAGGGAAAUGUUGGGACAGGACGGCUCCAAUGGCGAAGUCGGAGGCGUCAGUGGUGAUGUAGAAAUGGCGAGUGGGGUCGGCGAUCUUGAGGACGGGGGCGGUGGUGAUGAGUUGUUUGAUGGCAUCGAAGGCAUUUUGGCGGCGGUCGUUCCAACCGAAAGAGAGGACUUGGCGGAGAUGUUGAAGGUGGGACUCGAAGGUGGGGCUAUAGACGAGGAUAUCAUUGAGGUAGACGACGACACAAACUUCGAGGAGGUCGAGAAAAAUGUGAUUCAUUGUAGACCGGAAUGUGGCGGGGGCGUUUGUGAGGCCGAAGGGCAUCAUGAGGAAUUCGUAGUGCCCGAAUCGGGAACGGAAGACGGUCUUGUGGGUAUCCUCCUCACGGAUGCGGAUCUGGUGGAAGCCACUCCGAAGGUCGAUCUUGUGGUCACACGGUCGGAUAGGCCAGAGAUACUGGUUUCAAUUUUGUUGAUGGACGCGCGGAUGUCCGUUUGGAAAGAGGACAUCAUGCGAUUGAGGGUGGCGAGCUCGGUUCUUUGUUCGCCCGUAAGUUCGCGGGCGAGGCUGUCAACAGACUGGGUGUUGAUGGCGGACAUGUCGAUGCCGGAUGAUUGGGCCAUGAUGGCGGAAGAUGGAGUGGACAAGGUGGCAGCGACGGAUGAGGCGUCGGCUGCGGAUGAGGCGACGGCUGCGGAUGAGGUGGAGGCAGAUGCGGCAGCAGCAUCAGCGGCGUCGGCGGCUGUGCGCUGAGAGUUCUUGCUUUGGCGUGCCAUGCGGAGAUUUGGGGGUGGAGGGGGGUGGAGGGGGGUGGGGGUGGGGAGGGUAUUCACAGCAUCAAUUGAUUUAUUCAAAAAAAAAUAAAAGUAUUUGCCAGAACAAAAAUGGGAAUUAAUU